AUGACUGGAGUCUUUGACAGCCUUGUCUCAGAUAUGCAUUCAAACCAGAUUACCUCCAGCAGUUACCACCAGCACCACAGCUUGCACAAGCCCCAGGAAUCGCCCACUCUGCCCGUGUCCACGGCCACGGACAGCAGCUACUACACCAACCAGCAGCAACAGCACGGAGGAGGAGGAGGAAGCGCAGGUAGCAACGGCAGCAGCGGGUCACCCUACGCACAGAUGGGCUCUUACCAGUACCACCCGAGCGGCAUCAGCACGGUGCCCUACUCCACCAAAGCCGGGGGCUAUGAUCUGGGAUACUCCGCCUCUUACAGUUCCUAUGCAACCUACGGGACAAGGUCGUCCCCGGUGAACAAUGAUCCCGCCGAGAAAGAAGAGGUUGAGCCCGAGAUCCGGAUAGUCAACGGGAAGCCAAAGAAAGUGCGGAAGCCAAGGACCAUCUACUCCAGCUUCCAGCUGGCAGCCUUACAGCGACGCUUCCAGAAGACCCAAUAUCUAGCGCUGCCCGAGAGAGCUGAGCUGGCAGCCUCGCUAGGCCUCACCCAAACUCAGGUGAAAAUCUGGUUCCAGAACCGCAGAUCCAAGUUCAAGAAGAUGUGGAAAAGCGGGGAGAUCCCUGCAGACCAACACCCGGGCGGCGGCAGCUCCCCUCCGCCUUGCUCGUCACCUCCGGCUUCAGCCACUCUAAGCUGGGACUUCGCUCCCCACUCGCAGCGAAUGGGCAAUGGAGGCGGCGGCAGCAGCGCAGGCUCGAGCCCCGGCACUCCCAACGGGGCGGCUGCUUUCCUCGGUAACUAUUCAUGGUACCAUCAGGCCUCCAGUGCCGUGGCUUCCCACUUGCAAGGCGCCUCCCCGAUCCUGCAGCAAGGGCAGCCUCACCAGCACCAUCCCCACCUCCAUCACCACCACCACCACCACAGCGCAGCUGUCAGUGCAGGGACGAUUUUCUAA